AUGGUCUUAACGUGACUUGCACCGACUCUGUAAAGAAGGCAAGCAGUCUGAUUCAUGAAUAAAAAUCCGAGUGCAACUGUACAACAAACAAUAGUUCAUAAAAAAAGGCGAAGAUGUAGACAAAUGUUUACAAAGACAUCUGUUGCUAUGUGUAUUUCAAAUAGUGUUUGCAAAGAUUUCUGAUAAUUGCAUAUAUAUAUAAUAGCGCGGAACGGUGAAAGGUUGAACAGCACUCGCAUCUCAGCGACGCCUCAGUGAAUUGCCGUGAGCAAGAAUUUGAUCAGAUUCAGAACUAAACCUGGUCCGGAUCGUGCACAACAUUCAACCAACCUGCAAAAGAUUAAGAAUGCCUAACAAAGCGACGCUAGCAUUUAUGGUUGUGUAUGGGAUCAUAAUGCAUUGCAAUGUCUACGGUUCACCGACUGGAGUGAAGUACCCCGAAUUCAGGGUUGAAGAUGAAGCGUAUGAUGAAGAGGGAAACUCGCUACCGGAUCUGACUUAUCAAACUGAUCGAAAUGGCAUCCGAAUUCCUUCAUCGGUCAUUGAUGAUGUAAACACGUUAUACUAUCCACCGGAGAAAAGAACAGAAAGGCACGCUGAUGCGAUAUUUCAUAAACGCCUAAGGGAAUUGUUGGCACAGGAAAUAACAAAAGAAUUCGUUCACUCCCUCCUCCGUAAAAAGCGCGAUGGUGGCACCAGUGUUGAGAAGGAUUCAGAGCCCCUGUCAAAGCGGCAUUCCGAUGGCAUCUUUACCGACAGCUACAGCCGUUACAGGAAACAGAUGGCUGUCAAGAAAUAUCUGGCAGCCGUCCUGGGGAAAAGCCCGGAAGAUAUUAAUAUUGACCACAUUAUCGACGACAUAGGCAUUGAUGCUCUGCUUAGGCUGCUGGAAGGGGAUUAUGAUAUUGGUUUGGGAGAAUUGCUGCAGCAGAUCUCCUUGUCGGCAAAUUGACCCAGGAUGCAGCUUGCAGCUUUGGUGCCUUGAUUCGUCAUUUAAAUCAACAUGAAUUACAGAGGGUUUCUUUUCUUUCCUUGUUUUAUUUUUUAAAAAGCGGCCCUACAUUGCUGCAACACAUCAGCUUGCAUUUGAGCCUUUUUACAGCUCGCGGAUCUCGUGCGGUCUAUCGUUGCAAGUUGUGAAGUUGGUGAUUUGUGUAUUGCGCUCAGUUGUGGCGUGCAGCCUUGUGCUCAGAUUCCUAUCUAUUCUAGACGUUCUCAUCAAACGCUGUGUUUCGUUAAUGUACGCGUCACCAAGAGAGCUUGUGUAAACCAUAGGGACACCAGAUGCCUUACUAAACUUUACAAACUACAGACAUUUGAUCGAUCUUGAUUAACUUGAUUAAACAGUAACAGAAACUGCAAUUCUGGACAUCUUUUCAUUUGAGCAGUGGAGUAAAUGAAGGAAUCUAAACAAAAUGAGGCAGGUAGCUAGCUCUACUUCAGUCAGGAAUUGAUCGCUAAUGUCAAUCCAAACACUUUGUAAAGUCGACAUCAAUACAUUUUUAUACAUAUAAUCUCGUCUAAUCUUUGCAUGCGCUGCAAGCAGAUGUGGUCUGCUCAAACGAACGCGUCUAAACUAUAUUAAUUCAAACUCAUUCAUAUUCUGAGGGACCGAAAUAAAAACAUAAACAUUUCAAAUAAAAGUAUACAUAUUUCAUGGACGGCAAGGUAUCAUGAUCACGACAGGAGGGCAUCCUGGUGUACACAGAAGUCAAUCGGAAGUUAAA